AUGGCAGAGGAUCUUUAUUUAAGUGAACAUACUAGGACAAAUGGCUUAAUGCGGGUACUUGUUAUAAAUUCAGGUGCCCAGCAGUUUGGUGGUGGUGGACCACCAGGUCAAGAACAAGCAUGGGGAAACCAGUUUCCUGGGCAACAAAUAUUCAACGAUCCAAUGGCAAAUAUGGCUAUGCAAUACGGAACUUCUUUAGCUGGCCAGGGCAAAGAUAUUGUUAAUAAAAAUUUAGAAAAAUAUGUGUCAACAUCAAAAUUAAAAUACUAUUUUGCAGUAGAUACGUCUUAUGUUGGAAAGAAACUUUUAAUGCUUCUCUUUCCCUAUUCUCAUACAAAUUGGUCUAUAAAGUUUGACCAGGAUCAACCAGUGGCACCAAGAUUUGACGAGAAUGCACCAGAUUUAUAUAUCCCAGUAAUGGCGUUUGUUACAUAUGUUUUAGUCUCUGGAAUAGUAUUAGGAACACAAGAAAGGUUUACACCGGAACAACUAGGUUUACAGGCCAGUACAGCUUUAGUUUGGAUUAUAAUUGAACUUGUUGCUGUUAUGCUGAGUUUAUACAUAAUGAAUCUAUCAACGGAACUCAAAUACAUGGAUAUUCUGUCAUACACUGGGUACAAAUUUGUUGGGAUGAUUUUCAGUUUAUUAGGAGGAAUGUUGUUUCAGUCAACAGGCUACUAUGGGGUUCUAGCUUGGUUCAGUAUUGCUAUUGUUUUCUUUUUGGUACGUACAUUAAAAAGUCAGAUAAUGCCGAGGUCAGAGACCGAAGGUUACACGGGAUCAGGGACCAAAAGGAGUUUAUAUCUAAUACUGUCUAUAUCUUUCGCUCAGCCAGUACUGAUGUGGUGGCUGACUAGACAUAUUGUGUUUGCCAAAUAGUGACAUUGACUUCAUGCAUAGCUGAAAUGAAAUGUGCUCAUGUUAAGAAGAAAAAAAAACACAAGUGUUUGUGUGUACUCUUGAAACCAUUGUGGAGGCAGGGGAAAAUUUUGAAUUUAAAACAAAUAUUGAAUAUAAACUCACUAUUGGAACCAUCUUUUAUCUCAAAGAAGUGGGAUCUUAAUUGAUAAUUUUCUACUGAAGUUAAGGCGAUUUAUUUAUAUUAUAUGAAGAUCAUAUGAAAAUUGUUAUUAAUGUGAUAAAGAGACCAGUCAAAAGUCCAAGAAUUCUGAUUGGUUUGUUAAAAUCUCAGAUUUGAAUUUGACCAAUAAGAUUGUUGCAUUUGGAGACUGGUUUACAAUUUCUAGGGAAGAGUGUGACCUGUUAAUAUGAGCAUGCCAUAACAAAAUAUUCACAGAGUGCUUGAAAAUAAUAAUAUUUUGAAUAUUAUUGAAGAAUGAAUUAUUGAAGGUUUGCUACUGAAAUGUGCGUUUGAUUUCAAGAAUAGACAGAUGUUGUGAGCUUUGACUAAUUGUGAAAAUUUUAUGUAGGUAAAUCUUGUCCAAAGUGAGAAUGUAUUAUUCAUGGGUAUGUUAUAAUUAUUAAGCACCAAAUGAUAUAAAAUUGUCAGUAUUUACUGUAAAAAACCUCUCUCUCUAUUUUCCGUAACACAUAUGCUGUGAUACUCCCGCAAAGUUUUUGCAAAAAAAAUGGAAGAUAUAACUUGCAUUAGUUAUCUUAUAAUUGAUGAGGUCCGGAAAGAAACUGGUUAAAGGUAUUGGUGUAAAUUAAUAUAUUUUUAACUCAUUUAUAGAUUACAUGACAUCAAAUUUUUGUAUACCUUGUAGCUAUAAUAUUCUUUAUUUAAUUCAUAACUUUGUCAUUUCGACUAGAAUUGUGGCUUAAGUGAAAAACUUAUAAAACUUGAGGUGAUCAAUUAUAUUGAUAUCUAUUGGUAUAUUUUUUUUUUUUUAUCUUUUCACUUUCAUACAUUCACUGCUGAGAUGUUUAUGGAGAACUACAGUAAAAGCUUAAUCUCACUUCUGUAUACUAGUGAUAAGUUCUUGAAUUGUUGCUGCCAAAAUUCCAAAACUAUUAUUAAUGAUGAUAUAUAUAACUUACUAAGACAAUUAAAAUUAUAUCCAUUAUUGUCUUAAAAUUCAUCACUUCAGUGCAGUGAUGGUUUAUCUCCUUUUAAAUCUGAUAGGAGUUAAACUGUUACUGCACUAAGGUGAGGAAAUAUCGAGAUCCUUAUGUUUAAAUCUAUAGUGUUGCCAUAUCUGCAUGAUCUGUGUUAAAAUAUAUGAGCCGCGCCAUGACAAAACCAACAUAAUGGGUUUGCAACCAGCAUAGAUCCAGACCAGCCUGCGCAUCCGCGCAGUCUGCUAUUAGCUAUACGUUUCUCUACUUGUACAUGUUGUAAAAGAGUUGCUAAGCGAACAGCAUGGAUCCUGAUCAGACUGCGCGGAUGCGCAGGCUGGUCUGGAUCCAUGCUGGUCGCAAACCCACUAUGUUGGUUUUGGCGUGACGCGGCUCAUAUAUAUUUUUUAUUGUUCUUUUUAAAGUGACAUUAUGCCUAUCCAAGGAUAUAUAGUGACUGAACAGGUGGAAGUCAAACUAAGUUUUUAUUUUGCCAUAAAUACUUGCAGUUUAAAAUUUACUUCCGAAAAAACGAUAACUCACUUGGCUUAAGGAUAUUUCUUUAAAUAUCCAUCAGAACUCAACUGUAACAUUCAGCUCAUAAAAAGAGGGGCAGUUUUUUUAAUAUUUAGGCAGUUUUUAAAUAAUAUCUUAUCCUAAAUAUUUCUUAUUAUCAGUUAUAUGUCAAUCGCCAUUAAAAUAAGCUUUUGUCACUUUAAAAGUUAAUAUGUACAUGUAUUGUAAGCAACAUGUAUAUUCAUGUAUGCUUUUCUUAUUUGGUGCAACUUUAUAUUGACAAAAUGAAUUAAUGUGUUAAAGUGAUUCAUUGAAAGCAGUUUUGUUCAACAUCAAUUGAGCCGUGUCACGACAAAACCAACAUAGUGUGUUUGCGACCAGCAUUCUGUUCGCUUACCAACGCUAUUACAAGUAGAGAAACUGAUAGCGAACAGCAUGGAUCCUGAUCAGACUGUGCGGAUGCGCAGGCUGGUCUGGAUCCAUGCUGGUCGCAAACCCAUUAUGUUGGUUUUGUCAUGGCACGGCUCAAUUACAUUUUACAUAAGUCACAGUUUAUGGUACAGGGUAUUUUUCCUUCUUUACAUUAAGGAAGUACAGUGUUUCAAUAGGUUAUUUACUGUACUGUAAACUUAUUAUUUUUGUAAGAAUUGAAAAUGUUCCCCCAACAGCCUCUUCUAUCUCUCUAUACUUUUUGUGUGGCUAUAGCAAACAAAAGAAAGUGAUCAGAAAAUAUACCACUCACUUUUUAGCAAACUUAAAGAUGAAUUAUGGUCACAUUUGAUAUUAGAAAGUAUUGUUAAUUGCGACACAGUCUGUUUGUAAAUAUUAAAAUGAAUAUAUUUUGAGUUCACGCACACUUCACAUACUUAUUUCAUAGCAUAAAAGGAUGACAGAAUUAUGGCCCCUUAAACUUUAAACUUAAGGUUCAACAUUAUCCAGGCUCUUGUUUUACUAUCAAGCACUUAUAUUAGUCGAGCACGUUGUCCUACCAACAGCAUUUGUUAUUAUUAGCUGUUUGUUUGUCAGUUGGGGAAACAAAGAAGUUAAAAAAUUUUAUUAUUUUACUGUUUCAUGAAUUUUUGCUAGAUUGUUUCAGUUUAUGCAAACAUGUUAAAUUUUAUUUUCUGACCUGGGCCCUUACUGAAUACUGACUUAACCAGACAUUUAUUCAAAUAUUUACUGAAUCGAACACUUACUGAAUCAGACACUUUCUGAACUGAACACUUAGUGGACUAGGCACUCAACAAACACUAAUGAUUCAGAUGCAAACAAUAUAGUACAUAUAGCUUUAUUUUAGCAAUCAUUUUAUAUCAUAUUUGAAAUUCUGAACCCGGAAGUUAGAAACAUUUUUUGUUUUUGUGUUUUUUUUGUAUGUGUUUUCUGUCUUAUAAAAUAUUUUGGUUUGCAAUUAGAAGAUUAGUAGUUUGAAUGUAUCAUAUUUAUUGCUUGCUAGUGGAUUGACCAUUAAGAGUUAAAUAUUUAUGUUAAACAUGGUAAAAACUAAGUGAACAAGAAAUGUUUAAUGCAUGGCCUAUAUCAUAUCAUUAAACAAUUAUUAUCAGGAUUUUUUUUUGUUUUCCAACUUUGACCCUUGUAUUAACAAACCUUAACUUGGAAUCUGUUUUGUGAAAACCAAAGAUAAUGUGUUAAGUUUAUACACAAUCAAAUUUCUCUAUAAAAACUAGUCACUAAUAUUAGAUAAAGUUUGUUAGAAUUAGAAUUUGAUUUAUACUAAUUUUAGUUGGCUCAAACAGUUUUAUGUAUAGGUUAAAGUUUAUAAGUACAUAUUUACAAAAUUAAAUUGGUCAGCACGGCCGCGCACCGCGCAACCAGUUUAAAUUUGUAAAUGUGUACUAAUAAAUUUUAACUGCCUUGGUGUUUUAAAUUAUUUUUAUAAACAGUUGAUUGACUAGACUGAUUACUGUUUGCCAAUUUACCAAAGUAAAUAUGUGACAAUUCAUUUGAAAUACUUCAAUCCUAUUGGACAGAAAAUAAUUUCAAACACUAAUUUCAGUUAAAGUAGCUUUUUAAUGUAUUGAUACUUGAUAUAAUAUAGUAUUGUAAAUUUCAAUAUUUUAAGCUCACCUGAGAAUGUUGUUAUAUUAAAAAAUAAACUUACACAUUUAAAAUCUUGUCAAAAAUCAGGUGUACAUAGAAAAGACUUUAUUUGCCUUGGCUGUAAUAUGAGUAAAGAAAAUUAAGUUUUUUCUAUAAAUACAGGAUUUAUUUUAAUCAAAUGGUAUGAAAAUAAAUAUUUCAUGAGUGGUUGUAGGCACGAGUGAAAUAUGAUAAUUUUCAUACCACAAGAUAAAAUAGAUCGCGUUUUUAUAGAAAAAUCUUGAAUUUUCUGUUUAUUAUAUACAUUUUUCUCUUUUUUUUUAACAUGAUAAUUUGAAAGACAUCCUCUUAAAUUUUGUGUAUUGGCUGAAUUUAGAAGAAAGUAGUCCAGCAAGAUACGAGUGAAAAUACAGAAAAUAUGUUGCAGUGAAAAAUAAAUUUUAAUAGUGAAAAUACAGAAAAUGAAAAUACGCAUUUAAUUUCAUCAGCCUUUGUCAAUAUUUCAUUUAUAGGUGUAUAAUAAAUACAUUUGUAACUCAUUAUACAAAGAUUACACCUUCUAACUUUGUUUAUAUGUGAUGUCACUGGAAGCACUCCGAGAUUAUUUUGAAUAAUCAACCAGGUGCUCUGAUUUCCACUACUUUUGUAAUAGUCUUGUUCUGCUAUGGUGUAAGAUUAUGGUCAUUUGUUAGUUUGAUGAAUUUCAAGAUUAAUGUAAUGUAUAUUGGUCAGCCAUUAGCUAGAGCCUUGUCGGACUGCAAGGCUUUACACACUUGCCAUACUGUGUAAUGUUAACAUACUAGGGUAUGUUACCCCUUAACAUUAACAAACAUUUGCUGCUGUAUAGAGUUAUGGCAGCUUGGACAUCCAUAGAGAUUGACCAGGCUCUAUACUGUUGACUGAUGAUUUUUAAAUUUCCAUCCUGAUGACCCCAAAUCUGAAAAUUGACAGUUCCAGAAACUAAAUUUGGAAAAGUCCAUUUAAGAAAUUCAGGAAGUUCCGGAUUUAUAGAUGUAGACGAGUUAUCUCUAUUAUCAUUCUCACAGCUAGCAGAGUUAAUGAAAUUGAUGUUGUGAAUGAAAUGUUUGCAUGAUGAAAAGCUUUUUAAGUAUAAUGGCAAAAUAAUUUGUAUGUUUUAUAAAAAGUAUUAUAUGCAUGCCUAUGAAAUGAUGUAAAUAAUUCUUACAUGACCAUGUUUAAAUCAUAUUAAACAUUUUGUGCCUCUAACAUAAUGAUAUACAUUUCCUUCAAGAAAUAAAAAAAAAAAACAUGA